GUGUGUGCGGCUGGAAGAUGGCGCCCUCGGGCCCGGGCGGUGUGCGGCGGCGGUGCCGGCGGGUGCUCUACUGGAUCCCGGUGGUUUUCAUCAGCCUGCUCCUGGGCUGGUCCUACUACGCCUACGCUAUCCAGCUGUGCAUAGUGUCCAUGGAGAACAUUGGUGAACAAGUUGUGAGCCUCAUGGUUUAUCAUCUACUCUUUGCAAUGUUUGUCUGGUCAUACUGGAAAACCAUUUUUACACUGCCCAUGAAUCCUUCAAAAGAAUUCCAUCUCUCUUAUGCAGAGAAAGAACUGCUGGAGAGAGAGCCAAGAGGAGAAGCCCAUCAGGAAGUUCUGAGGCGAGCAGCCAAAGACCUUCCCAUCUAUACCCGGACCAUGUCCGGAGCAAUCCGAUAUUGUGACAGAUGCCAACUUAUAAAACCCGACCGCUGCCAUCACUGUUCCGUCUGUGAUAAAUGUAUUUUGAAGAUGGAUCAUCAUUGCCCAUGGGUGAACAAUUGCGUUGGAUUUUCAAAUUACAAAUUCUUCCUCCUUUUCCUGGCGUAUUCUCUGCUGUACUGCCUUUUCAUUGCUGCUACAGAUUUACAGUAUUUUAUCAGGUUUUGGACAAAUGGUCUGCCUGAUACUCAAGCCAAGUUCCAUAUUAUGUUUUUAUUCUUUGCCGCGGCUAUGUUUUCUGUCAGCUUGUCUUCUCUGUUUGGUUAUCAUUGUUGGCUAGUCAGCAAAAAUAAAUCUACGUUAGAGGCAUUCAGAAAUCCAGUAUUUAGACACGGAACAGAUAAGAAUGGAUUCAGCUUGGGUUUCAGUAAAAACAUGCUGCAAGUGUUUGGUGAUGAGAAGAAGUACUGGCUGCUACCAAUAUUUUCAAGUCAAGGUGAUGGCUGUUCUUUUCCAACUUGCCUUGUUAACCAGGAUCCCGAACAACCGUCCACUCCCGCAGGACUAAAUUCGACAGCGAAAAAUCCUGAAAACCAUCAGUUUCCUGCAAAGCCAUUGAGAGAGUCCCAGAGCCACCUCCUGACGGAGUCUCAGACUUGGACGGAGAGCAGCUCGAACCCUGGAAAAGGCAAAGCCGGUAUGAGCAACCCUGCACUAACUAUGGAGAAUGAAACUUAACUCUACAACCGAACAUGAAAUCACUUUUAUGAAGUACCAAGGCUGUGGAAGGAUGGAACAGGCUUCCCACAGAAAGGCACUGUUGACCAAUUAUCCCUAUAUCCCUUUGGCUAAAUAUGCAAUUUUCUUCAUCAGUGAUGUGAAUCCAACCCAGCGGUAUGAAGAAUUUUGAGGAGUCAUUACCAAACUGACACUUAGAGCAGAACACAGUUUAGUCCAAUAUAAACAGCUAUAACUAAAAAAAUUUCUUUAAAAGCAACUAAAAAGAAACUACUUUCUGCUGAAAACUAAGAAAAAGUUAAAGGACCAGUUUUCAUUCAGGGUUGUACAAUUUAACACAUAAUCCCAUUAGUCAUUCAAUACUCUCUUUCAGAAAAUGUAGAUUACUCUUCAAAUUUUAAAUUUUUCAAGUCACGGUAUAAUGCUAAGUUGUAUUCAGAAGUGGUAAGGAGUUUCCCUCUGAUGUGAAUCUGGCCUCAGACGCGGCAACUGCAGUGAAUAUGAAUUCAUCACGAAGGUCAAGUAACCCACGAGUGAAGGUUUCCAUCCAUUUGUGGAAGGUUCAACUCUAAUUCUAGACUUUGUCUCCCAUUGGAAAAUUGGUAUGAACAAUGAAGCUUGGGUUCACUGUUCAAAGCAAUUGGAUAAAACCUUUUGUCACAGCUAAUACAGUGUUUUGACAAAGAACUUAUAUCAGAAAUUUAUUUUCAUGUCUUUUAAUUUGAAGUCAGAGGGAAUUUCGGCUAAUUAUUAUGAAGAUCGCUUAGUAACACUAUUAUUGGUCUCGAUGUUAUAAAACUUGUUUUUUUUUAACUGCUUGCCCUAUUUUAUGGUGACUUUACUGAGUUCUAAGCAUUUCUGAUGGAUCAGCAGAUUAUUCAUCUAAUGCAUCUCUAUCAUCUCUGCGUCUUUUCAUCAAAACUGUGAUCAUUGGGAUAUAUUUUUCCUCAAAUAACUAUCAGAAUUAAAUUAUGCAAAUCAUUUAAAAAUCAUAUACUUUUGGAAGUUUAGUUUACCAUAAACUAAACAGUGUGCUUUUUGGAAAUGUAGCUUAAGGUAAACUAAACUGUGUUUAAUGACGCCAAAAUAUUUGGCCUCAGUAAAUAAACUCAGACGCUUUGUGCCUUGUAUGCACUAUUUACACAGAGAAAAAAAGUCUCAUUAAAUAAAAAUCUUGGAAGUUUUAUAAAUUAGUCAUUAGAAUAGUGAACUGUGUGGUUUCUUUGGUACUAAUUUUGAGGAUUUCAAGUAGAUUAGCUUUUUAAAAAACUAAGUAAUUGGCGUAAGCCAGAAUUCACUAUAAACAAAAGCCAAGGAGGUAAUAGUAAAAUGAGAGAUCCUUGCAAUUCCUCCUCCUAGAGUUCUAUGUUGAAUGAGCUUACGGAAGAACGGACGUCACCCCGUUCCGUCCAUUCCGUGCUUCACGUGGGUGCCGCCCUUCCAUGAAGGAGGGUGAUGGCUGCAUUCACAUAGUUCAAGCUGGAGAGUUGAAUCUGACAAUCCACUCUGAAAGUCUCAGAGCAUAAGAUACGCUUUCCCCACUGUCUUCAAGCAUGUUUUGGUCAUUUGUCAUUACCUGAAGUGCCAGACUGGAGCACAGAGCUCCUGUAAGCAGUCUUUUGGGCAGCAGCAUGUGGCGUAGUAGAACUAUGCAGCAGGUUUUCCUCAUAGCACAGUGCCCCCUUCUCCAUUUCCCACGACAGGAUUCUGUUAGGCAUUUCCUUCCGUCAAACCGGAAGCUGGUGGGGAUGGGUGUGGGUUUACAUUUUACCCUGCUAGAAUACUGUUAUGUCUCCUCUCUGUAGGUCGUUUCUGUGCUUAUUUAAAUACCUGAGUCCGUAUACCUUAGAGCCAAAUUGGAAAAUAAUUUGAAAAAUAAAUUUUUUUCAUUAUGUUGUAAUGGUUA